AUGGCGCCGAAAAAAUCAAAGAAAGUGGUUUCUGUGACGAAGAAGAAGAAAGUAGUAGAGGAAACAAUCAAAGUAACCGUCACGGACGGAGUUCCAAAUGUUACCACCGAGACCGACACACAAGAGACACAAGAGCUAGAGACACAGGAUCUGCCGUUGUCCAUUCCUGUGGAAGAAGAAAACAUUACUAGGGUUGAGAUUCCGGUCGAUGUUGGAGAUGACCGGUCCCCACCGCCAUCUGAAACCGUCGCUCCCGCAAGUGAAGGCACCGUGAAGGAGACCCAUAAGGUUGAGAUUCCGGUGGACGUUCGGGAUGAUCGGUCCCCUCAGCCGCCUGAAACACCCGCUCCAGCAAGUGAAGUCCCUUCGAAGGAGACCCAUAAGGUUGAGGAGAAGGAGGGGAAUAAGAAGAAGAAGAUGUUAAAGAAGAGGAAGAAGAAUAGGUCGGAGGUAGCCGGAGAUGAGUACAAGAGAUAUGUGUAUAAGGUGAUGAAACAGGUGCAUCCGGAUUUAGGGAUAUCGUCAAAGGCUAUGACGGUGAUUAACAUGUUCAUGGGAGAUAUGUUCGAGAGACUAGCGGUGGAAGCGGCGAAGUUAAACGACUAUUCAAAGCGGAGGACGUUGUCUUCUAGGGAGAUCGAGGCAGCGGUGAGGCUGGUUUUGCCUGGAGAACUUAGCCGACAUGCCGUGGCUGAAGGCUCCAAAGCUAUUAGUAACUUUGUUGCUUAUGGUGCCAAGAAGCGUUAGUUUAAUUAGUAUGUCUCUUGUUAUUUCCUUUUCUCCAACUUAACCGUUAGGUUAGGGUAAGGUUUAACUUAGUAGGGUUUCUAGAGUUGUCUGUUCUCUAUGUGUGUUUGUAAUAAUGUCGCUUCGUUCUAGUUUUGUGUCUUCUCUUUUGUAAAA